UAUACGCCUUUAUAACCCAGAGCAUUUUGUUGAUGUUUAUAAAGCGGAAGGAGAUCUACCAACAAGGGCGCUAUUUGGCAUGUUAAAACGUUAUAACCAGCUGUACAACCAAGACGUGCAGGGACUUCUAACAAGUCAGGGUCAAGCGUGGCAGCACAUGCGCCGCGAGAUACAGCAGGAGAUAUCUUCACCACGUGCCGCGAGAGCUUACGUCAAGAACCAGAUGUCAGUGGCAGAAGAGUUUCUCGAGAGAUUAACAGGAUUAAGAGAUAAAGAUGGCACAGUAACAGACUUCUUACCAGAAAUAUAUAAGUAUGUUACUGAAGCUAUAGGAAUCGUGUGUUUUGAUGGUCGUUUAGGUGUUAUGGAUCCGGACAACACAGAAGGACAACAGUUUAUUGAAGCUGUGAGCACAUCACUUACGUUAACCCAGAAAGAAUUAUCAUCCAUACCGUUAUAUAAAAUAAUGAAUACAUCAAUGUUUAAUAAAUACUGCCGUGCCAUGAAUAUCAUUAAAAAAUUUUCUCUCCACGCGCUGUCACGACACCCGGAAGUUCAACAGAAAGUAUAUGAUGAGAUUAAAUCCUUAUCACCACGUGACAUUAAUAAUGGUGCUUUAGAUCACACAUCUUAUCUUAGAGCUUUCCUUAAAGAAACAUUAAGGUAG